UUAAAUACUUCACUUCUCCGUGAGCGAUCGCAACAAUCAGCUGGGAUUAUUGAGUACCGCGAACCGACGAAACCAAAUCCCUUUAACAUUCAUCAUGAUUUUAAACACUUGCGUAUUAAAAAGUUGAUCAACUCGACGCCCAAUCACCAUCAUUGAUUGAUCUUCCUGGAGGAGGCUGGAUCUCGAUUGGGGAAUUUCGUUAUUAAAUCAGCAGAAUGUUUGGGAGCAUCAAUAAGGACUUGGUGCCUAUGAAGGCGCAUUACUUUCUUUACAAUGCAGCAACGGGACCAAUAGUGCCAUUCCUCCCCACAAUAGCAAAACAACUCGGUUUCUCCGGUUUCCUCGUGGGAUCAAUAUACACAAUUCUCCCAAUAUCAGGUCUCAUAGCAAAGCCUCUGUUUGGUGGCCUGGCGGAUCGAUUUCGCCUGCACAAAAUUUUUUUCCUCAUGUUCCAAGCCAUACUGGCCAUAGCAUUUUUCUCCAUCUACUUUAUUCCACCCAUUGAACCAGAGGCUCCACUAGCACAGGCUGAUGUAACACUGACCUGCGACAACGCAGCUGUCUUUUUGGAAUUCUGUUCACGAAAUGGAUUCACCAAUGACACAAUCAGCAAUGUCAUUGAUCAUGGGGAUCCGAGGACAAAGUGUCAAAUUUCUUGUCAAUCUUCGCUGAAAAUGUACAAGACAAUCUGCAGUUGGGGAGUAUCGGAGUACUGUUUCCUGGCUAAUGCGCCGAAAGCAUUGCAGGAACGAAUCAAUUUCACAGCCAUGUUCAAUAUGGAUAAGAACGUGAACCUGAUGAACUGCGCAGACAUGAGACUGAAAAAUGCGACAUUUUUAGAGGGCCAUUAUAAUGUGAGCAAACCCUCCUGCCAGAGCCUGGUGAGGGCUUCAUGCGUUGCUACUUGCUCAGGAGUACCAGUGAUGGAGGCAUUACUUCGGGAGGCUCGUGGAGUGCCUGAAAAUACUAGGCGUGAUGAAACGACUUAUCAGUUUCAUCUAUUCCUGUGGGCUGCUAUCAUCAGCUGGAUGGGGAUGGCUGUCGUUGUUAGCAUUGCUGAUGCCAUUUGUUUUGAUCUUCUCGGUGAUGACGGAAGAAAAGAAUAUGGAAAGCAGAAAAUGUGGGGCAGUAUAGGCUUCGGUAUAUUCGGUAUAAGUGCUGGUUACCUCGUUGAUGUAUUCAGCCGUGGACAGAGUGUCAAAGAUUAUACUUGCAUUUUUUACAUAAUGCUGAUCGCGAUGAUAUUUGAUAUGAUCGUCUCAGCGACAUUGAAGAAGAAAUCUGUAGAAUAUACAGAUCAUGAUCCAUCCGUCCUCUGGGAACUGGGGUCAGUGGCAAGGGAAGGAAGAGUCUUAGUAUUCGCAUUUUGGUGCAUCGGUGCAGGAAUGUGCACGGGAGUUGUCUGGAAUUUCUUAUUCUGGUACACUGAGGAUAUCGUCAAGGAUGACACUGCCUGGUUGAAAACUAUCCAGGGUUUACUCACAGGAGUUCAGUGUUUUUUGGGAGAAUUACCAUUCAAUUUCUUAUCUGGUAGAGUACUCAAGAAAUUGGGGCAUAUUAAUGUCAUGAGUUUAGUUCUUCUCUUCUAUGCUGCCAGAUUCAUGGCUUAUAGCCUUGUCAGGAAUGUAUGGGUAUUCCUGAUAAUCGAAAUACUCCAUGGGCCCACGUUAGGCCUCUGCUGGCCAACAAUGGUGUCUUAUGGAGAAAAAGUCGCUCCGUCUGGUACACGAGCAACGAUGCAAGGUUUCGUCGGUGCUGUUUUCGAGGGUAUAGGUGUGUCAUCAGGAAGUUUACUCUGUGGUUGGUUGAUCAGUUCAUACGGUGGAGUCGUCACCUUCCGCGUGUUCUCAGUUGGUGCCCUAGUGUGGCUCACAAUUUACUGGAUCCUACAGCUAUUAUUACAAAAAGCCAAAGCCUAUCCCCUUCACCAGGGCCACAGUCACCUGGCGAGUUAUGCAACACCCAGUGAUGCCAUUCUCAUGACUAUGAGCCAGGAACUCCAAACUUAUUGAAUCUCUGAACGAAGAAUUGAAAAAGAAACCUUAGGGUUUUUCUUCUUGACAAAAUGGUGCUUAUAAGUCAAUGUAAAUGAUCUUUACGUUAUUCUUCACUUGAAUAAUUCUUGUGAAGUCAAUUUUGCGUUUGAAAAUGAUUCAAUAGUGAAGUGAAACUGUUGACCUGUCUUCAGAGCAGAAAAAUUCUUGAUGAACAUCUUCGAAUCCAAGGCGAAUAGUAAAUCCUGAUAAGAAUAUUUUUCGUAGAAUGUAGUGAGAGCUAUGAAAGACUUUUCUGUCAAAGCUCCCUCAUCUUCUUUGGAUCUAGAGCUGUUCCCCAGAAACUGAUGUUGAAGUCAAGUUGUUUAUUUAGCUUUACAACUUCACCAGGAUUUUUAAAAGAUUUAGUGGAGUAUUCUUCUGUUUCCACCACAUUCUUUUCUUUUUAUGGAUUUUUGUUGCUUUUGUAAUAAAAGAGUGAAAGAAAACAAUUACCAAUAAAGUCAGAAAAUUGGUAAAAUGAUUUGUUUUCAAAGUGUAGACAAUGAAUCGACGAGGCUUUUUCGAUAGAAAAUUUUGGUAGCUUCGAAAAAUUAAUUUCCGAACUGAUUAUUUUUGGAAUAAAUGUGCAAUUCACAGCUAUUCCUCUAUUUUAUAAUUUAUUGUAGUCUUUGUCGAGAUCAGUUUUGAUAAGUGUCUCGGAAUUUGUCCUCCUCACCGGAUGAAUUACGUAUGACUCAGACCAUUUUACCACUCAACUAGUUGAGCAAUCUCAUGCACCUGAAUUUAAUCACAUGAAUUGAGUGCAAGGAGAAAUUGAGCGAAUCCUGACUUGGAGUGAAUGGAAUAACGCAUAUUCAUCAAUUGUAUUUCCCCAGUGUGAUAUAUAAACAAAAACUAUACUUAGUUGCCCAGUAUUAAAAAAUAAGAAAAUAGAAUGCAAUUGUACUUUUUUCUAGUGCUGUAAGAAAUAAAAGUUUUUAUACCUCACUAUACUAAAGAAAACCACAAAUUUUACAUUAAAAAUAACAAUUGUAACUACAAUGGAAUCAAUUUUACAAUCAAUCAAUGAAACAAAAUGAUGAAACUCA